GAAGAGAAAGAGAGAGAGAGAGAGAGAGAGAGAGAGAGAGGACAGUAGCAGCCCACCAAAAGAAUGGAGAAGGAAGCAGGUUUGGUGGCACCAAAGAAGAAGAAGGUUUCGAUGAUCCCCGCGAAGAUGGUGCCGCCGCUGCCAUCGGCAACGCCGGAAGCAAGAAAGCCGGCCGUCGUCAGGAGCGUGACGCGAGACGAGAUCGAUAAGUACUGGAUGACGAGACGAAUGAUCGAAGAGGAUCACCUCCUCGCGGCCGAGAAGGCGGCUGCAAGGAUCAGAGCCAAGGCUCUCAAGGAGGAGGACUACCGGCGAUUCGAGGAAUCGCUGAAGGAGAUGUUGAACAGUGCUGAAGAGGACGAGGAUGGCAAGGAAGGAGACGACGAGGAGCUGCAGAUAGGCAUCAAGGACUGGUGGACCAAAAGCAAGUUCGCGUAUCUGAACCAGCCGGCCAUCGAAUCCAUGGGGGAGAACGCAACACCAAAGCGUCCGACUUCCACGUACAUUCCGCAACACAUCUGCUUCCUCGACGUCUCUGCUGCUGCCCAACUCUACAAUUCAUCAUCAUCAUUUGGAUUUGGGGGUUUUCUAAAUCAGCAAUGUCGGAUGUCUACGAGAUAGUCAGGUCUGCUACUAUAUGACUCUCUUAGGACAUCGUCAAUUUGUCUCGUAUUCUCUAUCUAAUAAACAUACGGCUAUGUUGUGUAUAA